GCCCCGCCCCCUCGCCGACAUUUUCGCACGUUUGUUGGUUUUCAGCUCUCCACCGAAUCAUUUCUUUGUGUGCAGUCAUGGGCUCGAAGGUGCUCCGGGACCCAGUGGAGAUCGCUCAGCUGUACCGUGAUCAUUGUCGCUUUCCCACGUUAUGUCACGCUGAUGUCGGUCCAGUGAUCACAUCGCAAUAUGGUGGACAAUACUGCAACAUCUACACAGAGUGGACUCAGCGUGAUUUAGAGAGAAAUGAGAGUGUGAAGUUUUGUCGUCAGUACAUUGUGUUUCAUGAUGACAGAUCGGUUGUCUACUCCGGACCUUCAGGAAACUGCACUGAAAUCAAGGGAGAGCUGCUUAGUGUGGAUUCCCCUUCUGGUGAGAUGAAGGCUGUUCUGAGAGAGAGUUCCAUCAAAGGAGAAGAUAAACAGUUCCUGGAGAUCUGGCAUAAGAACAGUAAACUGAAGUGUCUGAAUCUGACGGGUCUUGGCAAACAUGGCAAAGUAUAUGAAGAUGAUCAGUUUGGCUGUCUGGUUUGGUCUUAUUCUGAGACUCACCUUCUAUAUGUUGCUGAGAAGAAACGACCCAAGACUGAGUCUUACUUCAAGCAGGGUUCUGAGACUUUACUGACUGCUGAAGAGGAGGCCAUCAAGACAGACAAGGAGGAAACAAUCAAGGGGCAUCAGUUUGAGUUUUAUGAAGACUGGGGUGAAGCUCUUGUUAAUAAAAGUAGCCCAGUGCUGUGUGUGCUGGACAUUGAGGGCAGUAACAUCACUGUGCUGGAAGGAAUACCCACCAACAUUUCACCUGGACAGGCGUUCUGGGCACCCAGUGACACAGGUCUGGUGUUCUUAGGCUGGUGGCAUGAGCCGUUCCGACUGGGGCUGAAAUACUGUCCUAACAGAAGGUCAUCUUUGUUUUAUGUGGAUCUGGCAAGUGGUAAAUGUGAGAAGUUAUCAUCUGACUCAAGCGCAGUCUCCUCUCCUCGGCUCAGUCCUGACCUCUGUCGGAUUGUUUAUCUGGAGUGUAGCGUCUUCGGUCCACAUCAGCAGUGCAGCCGCCUUUGUAUGUAUGACUGGUACACCAAGCAGACGAGUGUCGUGGUUGAUGUGGUGCACAGAGCAAGAGAGGAUGGCUUCUGUGGUAUCUACAGCUCAAUGCUGCCUCAUCGCUGUUGGUCGGCUGACAGUCAGCGAGUUCUCAUAUCUAGCGCUCAGAGGAGUAGUAAGGAACUUUUGGUUGUUGACACCUCAAGUGGUGGAGUCACUAGUCUCACCUCUAAAUUACAGGAAGGAAGCUGGAGUUUGUUGAGUGUUCACAGAGAUCUGAUGGUGGUCAGCUGCUCUUCACCAAACUGCCCUCCAGACAUGAGGGUGGGCUUUUUGCCAGUGAAGGGCUGUGAAAGUGAGGUGUCAUGGGUCACACUGGAGGAAACUCAACCUCACACAGAUAUUAGCUGGCAGAUUGUCAACUUCAGCCCACCGCCUGAGCAGGACAACAGUCAAUAUUCUGGUUUGGACUUUGAUGCUAUUCUAUUAAAACCAAAGGAAAUGAUGGCAGGGACCAAACUACCACUCAUCGUCAUGCCACAUGGUGGUCCUCAUUCAGUGCUGGUGUCAGAGUGGCUCUUGUCUACGGCAGUCCUAUGUAAGAUGGGCUUCAGUGUUCUGCUCGUGAAUUACAGAGGUUCAAUUGGCUUCGGUCAGGACAGCAUCUAUUCUUUACCUGGAAACAUCGGCACACAGGACGUAAAAGAUGUGCAGUUUGCAGUAGAGAGUGUUUUGAGUCGUGGUGAUUUUGAUGAAGAGAAGAUCGCUGUCAUUGGAGGCUCUCAUGGUGGAUUCCUGGCGUGCCACCUGAUUGGGCAGUAUCCAGACUUCUACAAGGCGUGUGUAACACGCAACCCUGUCACAAAUCUGGCCUCCAUGAUUGGCAGUACAGAUAUUCCAGACUGGUGUAUGGUGGAAGCUGGAUAUGAUUAUAACACUAACAUUCAUCUCGAAGCUGCUUUUCUGGAGCAGAUGUUGGCCAAAUCACCCAUCAACCAUGUCAGCAAGGUAAAGACUCCAGUACUUAUGAUGUUGGGUGAAGAUGAUAAGCGUGUGCCUAAUAAGCAGGGCAUUGAAUACUACAGAGCCCUGAAGGCUUUGCAGGUACCAGUGAAAUUGUUAUUGUACCCGGACAAUAAUCACUCUUUAUCCAAAGUUGACGCAGAGUCGGAUGGCUUCAUGAAUGCUACUUUUUGGAUCAUUCAACACCUCUCACUGUGAUGUCACUUCCUUGACAAAUACACGAUAUUCAACUCUAGUCACUUAAUUCCGAGAUUACAGAAACAUCUUUGUCAUUGUCAUAUCAAGAAUUUCCAUGGUAAUUUUUUAUUUAAUCUAUGCAAAUCUAAUUUACCUAUUUAAAUGAAUUGUACUGGAAACAAAAGCACUUGAAGAUGUUUGCUGGAGUCUGACUUGUGAGAUGGAAAUGUUAGGGUGCAGUAUGUUUUUAAGAAUUCUCUCAAUAAAUUUUACACUUAAUGCCAGCUUUAAAAUGAAUUUAGUACUGCUCUCAGAAAACCCUACAGCAUCUUUAUAUUUUAUUUUUCAGUAAUCAACUAAUUAUUGUUUGUGCCAUGCUGUUCAUUCUGUUUAAAGUUCACUCUCUUUAUUUCUUUGAUAAACAGUCUAGCUUCUCUGAUUUUCUUUGUCUUGGGAUAUUAAUUAUAUGGUUAAUGUCUGAGAUAUGUACUGUAUUCAUUUCAAUAAAAAGUGUUGAG